CGCCGCCGCUCUGCCUGCCUGCCUGCCGUCCCUCCCUCUUUCCCUUCCCGGCCGGACUGUGCGGAGAAGACGGCCGCCCUCCCCGCCUCGCUCCUCCGCCUCCUCUGACGAGCGGAGCCGGGGAGCCAAGAGAGAAGGACGCCCGGCGGCGGAGCGCGAGGGCCGCGGAUGGGGGAGUGCGGGGUGGCGGCCGGCGCCCAGCUGUUGCUCCGCGCCUGCGACCAAGGCGACUGCGAGGGCGCCCGGCGGCUGCUGCUGGGCCCGCCUGCGGCCUCCGGGGCCGGCGAUGAAGCGGCGGCGGCGGAGCCCGGCAACUGCGCCGCGCCCGGCGGGUCUGGAGCUGCGUCGGGCCUGCCGCCGGGCUCGGUGCCUGUGGACUGCGCCGACGAGGCCGGCAACACGGGGCUGCAGUUCGCGGCGGCCGGCGGCCACGAGGAGCUGGUGGGCUUCCUGCUGCGGAGGGGAGCCUCGGUGCAGAGCCGCAACCACUGCGGCUGGAGCCCGCUCAUGCAGGCGGCCAGGUUUGGACAUCUGACUGUGGCUCGCAUCUUGCUAGAAAACGGCGCUGACCUAAAUGCACAGAACAAACUGGGAGCCAGCGUACUUACAAUGGCUUCUAGGGGUGGUCAUGUCAGUGUGGUGAAGUUGUUGCUAGAAGCGGGCGCAUACGUUGAUAAUUAUGACCACUUGAGUACUAGCUGGGAUAACAACAAAGAGGAAUUGCCAGCUCUCACCCCCCUUAUGGCAGCUGUCCAACACGGGCAUGAGGCAGUGGUCCAUCUUCUGUUAGACUGGGGAGCGGAUUGUAAUUAUACCGUGAAGACUAUGGGUUGGACUCCCCUAAUGUUGGCAGCUGUUAGUGGAAGAGUGAGCUUGGCUCAGCAGCUUAUGAACAAAGGAGCCAAUCCCGAUCAUCUGAACACACUGCAUAAAACACCAUAUGAAAUAUCUGUUGACUUCAAACAUGAAGAUAUGAUGGAUUAUUUGGCACCUUUAACAACAGUUAGACCUCAAACAGAUAAACAGAAGAGGCAACCAGAUAUCUUCCAUGCCUUGAAAAUGGGGAAUUUUCAGCUGGUUAAAGAGAUUACAGACGAAGACCCUGCACAAGCCAAUGUAAUUAAUGAUGAUGGUGCUUCUCCACUGAUGAUUGCAGCAGUAACUGGACAGUUGCCUCUUGUACAGCUGCUUGUUUCAAGAAACGUGGAUAUUGACAAGCAAGAUACUAUCCAUGGCUGGACAGCACUUAUGCAGGCCACAUAUCACGGAAAUAAAGAAGUUGUUAAGUAUCUAUUAAAUCAAGGAGCUGAUGUCAACCUGCGUGCCAAAAAUGGAUAUACAGCCUUUGACCUGAUAAUGCUGCUGAACGAUCCAGAUGCGGAACUCGUGCGGUUGCUAGCCUCAGCCUGCAUGCAAGUUGAUAAAGAAAAGAGCAAGCAGAACAACAAAUCAGCUGUGACCUCUUCAAGAAAUAAGCAAACUGUGGAUAUUCCAGUGUUGCCUGAUGACAAGGGAGGACUGAGGUCAUGGUGGAACAGGAUGUCCAAUAGAUUUCGCAAGCUGAAGUUGACCCAAACUUUAAAUCAUGGAUUCUCCAUCAAUCCAGCUGUACCUUUUCCAGAAGAGUCAGCAUCACCAUUUGAUUGCACAAUGAAGGCCACAUUACCAAGUGAUAACAGUGUAAAUUAUGAUGCCAUUACAGCUUGGGCAACAAAGAGCAAGGCUAAUGGUAUAGGAAGCACAAAGGGAGGAAAGGAUGACGAAUUGCUGACAACAGUGCUAAGAAGUGGGGCUCCAUUUACAAGACUGCCUAACGACAAACUGAAAGCUGUUAUUCCACCUUUCUUGCCCCCAUCAAGUUUUGAGCUGUGGAAUUCUGACAGGACGCAACCAAGCAAGGAUGGUAGCAGAGAGCAAACGAGGCUUGGCCUUCCACACCGAGCGACCAGUCCUGACAAUAAUGGCGGUGGAAGUUCCGACAAAGGAAGAGAAGCGUCCUUAAAUAGAGGUACUAGACCCAUUAAACUAUCGGCCUUUGCAAGAAGACCUCCUACUCCCUCCACCUCGAGCAACUUCAACCAUUCCCCUCACUCUUCUGGUGGAUCUAACAGCAUAGCCGGAGUUAGCAGACAUGGUGGAGAAAUCCAUAAUAAAUCAGGUGGCAGUGCCGAUAGCGUUUUGUCUCAAAUUGCUGCUCAAAGGAAGAAAGCUGCUGGUAUACCUGAACAGAAACCAAGCCAACAGCAAGUGCCAAUAGGCCCAGCUCCGUCACCCUGCCCUCCUGACAUGGAAAGUGCACAGACCAUUGGCAAUGGACACAUUUUAAAGAAGUUGGAUGUGAACAAAAAGCCUCCAUCUGAAAAUUCGUCUACUUCUAAAAGCACAUCCCCAACUCUUACGCCAUCACCGUCACCAUCUGCAUCCCCCAAGGUUCAAAGUGCAGAGUCCUCUCUCUCCUCUUCUCACAGGCAAGGGAAAAGUAGCGGUGGCUCCAGCAGUGGAACUCUGACAGAUGAAGAUGAACUCACAGGCAUCCUUAAAAAGCUCUCACUGGAGAAGUAUCAGCCUAUUUUUGAAGAGCAGGAGGUGGAUAUGGAGGCUUUUCUCACCCUCACGGAUGGUGAUUUGAAGGAACUGGGAAUUAAAACUGAUGGUUCUAGACAACAAAUUCUGGCAGCUAUUUCUGAGCUGAAUGCAGGAAAGGGCCGAGAAAGAAAAAUUUUGCAGGAGACCAUACACAACUUUCACUCUUCCUUUGAAAGCAGUGUUAGCAACACUAGCCCUGGAAAACCUCAGUCACCUGGAUGCUGGGUGAGGCCACAAGAACCUUCUCCUACUAAGAGGUAGUUUUUGAACCAAGAUGUCCCACUACCUCGCCACGGUGCCCUGAAGAAAAACUACCUGUUACAGCAGCAUCUUUUUACAGAAUGUGCAGGAAGGAUUGUUUGUUAACAUCUUAAACCAUUCAUUCUGCUAAGUAGCUGUUCCCAAAGCUGAAACUACACAUUAGGUAGAGUUUGAUACUUUGAAGGCCGUGAAAGACUUCCAAAAGUGAAAUGUAAUGCAAGAACAUGUAUGGGUCAUUUCACAGAAGUGCAGGAAUGGGAAUCUGAACCAAACCCCUGUGGGCACAGCAAACAACAGCAUGUUGAGGAAGCACACAACAAAGUAACUGCAAAUCACUGGAGUCUGCCAUAGUCACCUGAGACUUGAUUGUGCAUAUUGUGAUAAUGCAGGCAUCUAAAUUUAAAAGAAACUGCAAGUGUUUUGUAAGGAGUCAAGUGCACUGAUGUGUGCCCAAGGCGUGUUUUUGUGAAGCACCAAACACAAUUUGUAUUGAUGAACAUUCAAAUAAGAUUUUUUUCUAACUAAAGAAAACUUAUGAUUUGUAA